CAUUCUACGUACGUCUCCUACGUAGCAGCGGACAGAUACUGUGAGAGAAACACCAGGGAAAUACGUUUUCUUGCUGUUAGCUUGCUAACGACGACAACCCGAGCUUUUAGCCUGUUGGGGAGGACAGACAUUCACCGUCUCUGUUCAUUACAUUAAACUCAGCUGCUGCGCGGGUACCGGAGAUAUUCCGCACCACACAGUGACAGAUGAAAGAAGCAAUGCCUGAAGAACAUGGCUCACAAAGAAGAUAAUGAAGGGAAAGGGAGCUCCCACCGCACUGAAUUGUACAUUAGCAUCCCUCGAACAUGUCUUCCCAUUGUGUACCACCCAGACUACAACAUCACCUUCAUGGGCCUUGAAAAGCUCCAUCCGUUUGACGCGGGGAAGUGGGGGAAAGUCAUUCAUUUCUUGAAAGAGGAGCAGUUCAUUACCGACGGGAACAUUGUGGAAGCCCGUGAGGCGACUGAAGAGGAUCUGCUGGUGGUUCACACCAAGCGCUACCUCAACAGAUUAAAGUGGUCUCUGGCUGUGGCAACGAUUACAGAAAUCCCACCUCUGAUGUUUCUUCCUAAUUUCCUGGUGCAGCGGAAAGUGUUGAGGCCAUUGCGGACACAGACUGGAGGAACAAUAAUGGCAGCAAAACUGGCUGUCGACCGAGGAUGGGCUGUAAAUGUGGGAGGAGGCUUCCACCACUGCUCCAGCGACAGAGGGGGGGGCUUUUGCGCCUACGCCGACAUCACUCUGGCCAUCAAGUUUCUGUUCGAGAGAGUGGAAGGCAUCUCCAGGGCUACCAUCAUCGAUCUGGAUGCUCAUCAGGGAAAUGGCCACGAGCGUGAUUUCUUGGACGACGGGCGAGUGUACAUCAUGGAUGUGUAUAAUCGCUACAUAUAUCCUCGGGACGGGUUUGCCAAAAGAGCCAUAAAGAGGAAGGUGGAGCUGGACUGGGGCACCGAGGACUCGGAGUACCUCCAGAAAGUAGAGCUCCACACCGAAGGGGCGCUGAACGAGAUCCACCCCGACAUCAUCGUCUACAACGCGGGGACAGAUGUCUUGGAUGGGGACCCCCUCGGAGGACUCUCCAUAUCACCACAGGGCAUCGUGAAGAGAGACGAGAUCGUGUUCAGGGCAGCGAGGCGACGGGGCAUCCCCAUACUCAUGGUGACUUCUGGGGGGUACCAGAAGAAAACCGCCCGCAUCAUCGCCGACUCCAUCCUCAACUUGGACCGGCAGGGCCUGAUUGGAGCAGAGGCUAUGGAGGGGGAGGGCUCCUCAUCAUCGUCGCUGGUGACCAGCAUGAUGUGCAGCUCUGGAUCCGCUGGAUCGAAAUUCACUGCUGUCUGAGACGCUCUAAUCCAGCCAUUAACACUGACAUGUGCGUCAUCCACAGCUGUGACAUUUAAAGGCACUC